CAUAGUAGUGUCAAUUGUCAAUCGCGACAAGCUGUCCGGAAACCUUGACAAGCUUCACAACUCCGAUUGCGCACAACAACACAAGAUGAAGCUAACACUAUUAUCAGCCGGGCUUUUCGCCUCUCUUGUGUCUCUAGUCUCAGCAACAGCUUUGACAUACAAGAUUGGAGCAAACGAAAAGGCUUGCUUCUUCGCUGCACCCGACAAGAAAGGUGCCAAGAUUGCCUUCUACUUUGCCGUCCAAUCCGGAGGUUCUUUCGAUAUCAACUAUGAAGUCACUGGUCCUGGAGAUAAGGUCAUUUUGGAUGGGGAGAAAGAGCGCCAGGGAGAUUUCGUCUUCACGGCCAAUGACAUUGGCGAAUACAAGUUCUGCUUCAAUAACGAGAUGAGCACAUACUCGGAGAAGUUUGUAGACUUCGAGAUUGCUGUCGAGGACGAAGUGCGGGCUCAACUUCCAUCUAAGCAAGGAUCGACUCCGGAACAAACCUCAGCCCUAGAAGAAUCUAUCUAUAAGGUGUCGGGUCAGCUAUCCACCAUUGCACGAAACCAGAAGUAUUUCCGCACACGAGAGAACCGAAACUUCAGCACUGUCCGAAGCACAGAAGGCAGAAUUGUCAACUUCAGCUUAAUUCAAUGUCUCAUGAUGGUCUGCAUGGGCGCUUUACAGGUCUUUGUCGUUCGAUUCUUCUUCCAGGGUGCACGAAAGGGUUAUGUGUAAACGAACAGUUUCGGACAUUAAGAUCAGGACUGGUUUUGCGGCGUAUAUUGGAACAAUGGUUGGCUUUGGCACCUCGUACUGUAUCAUAGGAGUCAAAAAGGGGGUGGGAAUUGUGAACGCGUUUGAGUGGAGAAGCUUUGCGAUUGAUAUAAAGGAAGCCUAUCAAAUUCCGUAAUGCAUGCUACGACAAUGAGUCACUUAAUCUCUACGUAAACAACAUCGAGUAAAUUAAGGACAUUUUUACA